AUGACAAAAAGUAACAACGAAAGCGAAUACGGCCUCAUCACAAUUGGUGAUGCGGCAAGGUUCCAGGCUACCAUUUCAGAACUCGGUGUUACACUGGUUGAUUUAAGGGUGAAUAACCAAUCAGUUGUUCUAGGAUAUCCGGAAAUUCAAGAUUAUUUAACGGAUAAGGCCAACUAUCUCGGUGCUACUGUCGGUCGUUAUGCGAACCGUAUUUAUAAGGGUGUUUACAUGUUGGAGGAUGGUCCUCACAAGUUAACUGUUGACAAUUGUGGUAACGCAAACCACAGUAGUAUCAGCGGUUUCAACCGUAAGAAAUACACGGCGUCUCCUGUUGAAAAUCCUUCCAAGGAUGUUUACAUUGCCAAAUUCUCUUUGUUUGAUGACCACACACAAUCUAAUCCCAAUGAAUUCCCUGGUGAUCUAGAAGUUACAGUAACGUAUACUUUGAAUGUUGCAGAAAUGACGUUAGACUUGGAUUUCCGUGCACAACUGGUACGUGGAGAGGCUACUCCUAUCAAUAUGACCAGCCACACGUACUUCAAUUUGAACAAGACUAAGAGUGCGAAGUCUAUCAGUGGUACCGAAGUUAAACUUUGUUCAAACAAGUCACUAGAAGUCAGCGAAGGAGCACUAAUUCCGACCGGUAAGAUCAUUGAAAGAAAGAUUGCUACGCUUGACUCCACUAAUCCUACUGUUUUACGUGACGAUGGUCCCAUUUCAGAUUACGGUUUUAUUGUUGAAGCAAAUAAAGAUUUGAAAACAACAGACUCUGUGAGCGUGAAUAAGUUGGUUCCUGCUUUUGAGGCUUAUCAUCCAGAAUCGCAUCUUACAUUAGAGGUUUCAACAACAGAACCAAUGGUUCUUUUCUACACCGGUGACAAUCUGUGCGGCGAGUUCACACCCAGAUCUGGAUUUGCCGUUGAACAGGGCAGAUAUGUUGAUGCUAUCAACCGUGAUGAAUGGAGAGAUUGUGUUCUUUUGAAGCGUGGUGAAGUAUACACUUCAAAGACUCAAUAUCGUUUCAAGAUUUAG